GGGGGGAAAAUGUUUCCCAGCGCUUGGAAGUUGCACACUGGGCUGUUGAAUUGCGCGCUGUGCACGCGCUCGGUACUCGCGCGCUCUUUUGUAGUCGUUACUGAACCGAGCUCCAACUUUCCACCCUGUCAGUGUACCGACUCAACACCGAGAGCUGGAGCGGAAAGCUCGGGUGUCAAUAAUGCUCUCUGCAAAGCGCUAAGCGGAAGCGAGUUGACGGCCAUAUGAUUAUAUCUGCAGUCAGAAACCGAACCGCAGUUGAAACAAGAUCAGAAACAACAACAUAUUCGAGGGAGGAACACAAGCGGAGCGUCCAGUCGAAUCCUGAAUCACUUUACGCGCGGUCUAUUGCAGCUGAGAACCGAAUCAGGAGUCGGUUCGGGGAGCUGUCCACACUCCUUAGGGUUUAGAAGAUUAAAAAAGGGGUUAAUAUUUCCGGAAACUGGUGUUUCUUCAGUUUUAGAGUGACGAGGUAGAUCCAGAUGACUUCGGUGUGAGACAGUGAACUGGAGGGCGGGCGGUUGAUGAAACCCUCGGUCAAACCUUUUCCACUCUGCUUCUAAGCUCCUCCCAGAGCCCUGUCUCCAUGGCGAUGAGCAGCGACCCCGGCUACGGGGGACCAGAGCUCGAGCCCGACUCCGACUCCACCUCUUCAUCCCCAGUGCCUCUCUCCGCCAAGAUGGCCGCCAUCACCUUAACUGAUCCUUCCCCCAACGGGCUGAGAAAUGGCGCGGGGCUUAAGAGGGCUCCACCCCAAAGGCCACACCUCUCCGGCAGGAAGAUGUCACUUCAGGAAAGAGGGACCUACCUGUCAGCAGGGGGCGGAGCCGAGCGCAUCUCGCACAUUUCACCACGUGCUGCACGACGGCCAACUAUCGAGUCCAAGCGGGUGUCCAUUUCAGACUCGCAGGACUGUAUCCAGCUUAACCAGUAUAAACUGAAGAGUGAAAUUGGGAAGGGUUCCUACGGUGUGGUCAAACUGGCCUACAAUGAGGAUGACGAAAAGUAUUAUGCAAUGAAAGUGGUAUCCAAGAAGAAGCUGAUGAAGCAGUGUGGAUUUCCACGUCGUCCUCCUCCUCGAGGCCCUAAAGCAGCUUUGGGGGAACAGCCUAAAGUGCUUGGACCCCUUGAGAGGGUUUACCAAGAGAUCGCCAUCCUAAAGAAGCUGGAUCAUCUGAACAUAGUCAAACUAGUGGAGGUGCUGGACGACCCAGCCGAGGACAACCUGCACAUGGUGUUUGAGCUAAUGCAGAAAGGCCCAGUGAUGGAGGUGCCUACGGACAACCCUUUAAGCGAGGAGCAGGCGCGUCUCUACUUCAGAGAUAUCGUCCUGGGCAUCGAGUACUUGCACUAUCAGAAGAUCGUCCACCGGGACAUCAAGCCUUCGAAUCUGUUGCUCGGAGAUGAUGGCCAUGUGAAGAUUGCUGAUUUUGGUGUUAGUAACCAGUUCGAGGGUAACGAUGCCUUGCUCUCCAGCACGGCAGGGACGCCGGCUUUCAUGGCCCCAGAGACUCUGUCUGACAACCGCAAGAGCUUCAGUGGAAAGGCUCUUGAUGUGUGGGCCAUGGGAGUGACACUGUACUGCUUUGUAUUUGGGAAGUGUCCUUUUAUCGACGAGUACAUCCUGGCGCUGCAUAACAAAAUCAGGAGCAAGCAUGUGGAGUUCCCCGAGACGCCAGCUAUCAGUGAAGACCUGAAGAAUCUGAUCCUGAAAAUGCUGGACAAGAACCCUGAGAACAGGAUUACCAUUCCACAGAUUAAGCUGGACCCAUGGAUCACACUGGAUGGCACUGACCCGUUGCCUUUAGAAGAAGAACACUGCACUGUGGUGGAGGUCACAGAAGAAGAGAUUCAGAACUCGGUCAAGUUUAUUCCCAGUCUGUCUGCUGUGAUCCUGGUGAAGGCCAUGCUGCGGAAGCGCUCUUUCGGGAACCCAUUCGAAUGUCCCAGCAGGAGGGAAGAAAGGUCCAUGUCUGCCCCAGGCAGCCUGCUCAUGGACUCGUGGCCAUUUCGUCCCUCACUUAAACUCCACCCUUCUUUAAGAAAAGGUAGCAGCGGUGAAGCUGGGCGAGAGGUGGAGCUUGAGGACCUGCAUGAAGAUGAACCGCCCUCCUCUGACGAUCGCUCAUAAGCGUAUGUGUUGAUCAGUCAUAAAUCCCGCCCUUUACGCAUUCCUACUGUAUGGACAGACGUAAAUCAACAUAACCUUCAGAGAAACUAAAUGAGCAACACCACCACCAUAUAUUUAUUCCCAACUGCAUUCGAAUUCUUUAAUGAAGUGUCUUAUUCCAAAGCCUUUUGACGCUGGUGGUUUGGCCAGAUCCUGCUUUGUGAUUAACACCUCGAUCCUAGCUUUUUGUCUGAGUAUUGCUCCUCCUCUUGCCACACCCACUGUGCAAAGCCACUCCCCCUGCCACCUUCAGUGCGGCACAGAGAAUUUGAAGGAACAUUUAACGAACAUCCAGUUUUGUUUUAUAACUAAGCUUUAAAGUCAAUUCACAAAAUUUGGUUCUUUAUUUCUUUUUUUCCCUUACGCUCUCCGCACUCAUUCCUACCCAUUCUUCACGGAUCGAGAUUGAAAUCUUAAAUCGUAUUUUUUUUUUUGAUCGUACGAUCGAAGGACAAACAUUACGGAUGGACAGCCAGAGCAAUCGAAACUCUAAGGACAUCUUCUUAGAAACAUAGACAAGUGAAAGAAGGGAUGAGAAGCAUUUUGUACAUGUGUAAUGUAAUUUUGAUGUUGUCCUGCCUUGUUAUGCUUUGCAUACUGCUGGAAUAUUUGUUGUACACAGGGCCAGUUUUGGACUGCUUGCCAUUUUGGUGCACACACAUACACACACACACACACACACACACACACACACAGAUUAAAGAUUGUGUUUUUUAUUCAAGUGGUCAAAACUCAGCCACUAUGAGAGGGCUAUGAUAUUCUCGCACAAGCACACAUUUCAGAAUAGGGCUAACUUGCAGGCGUUAGAGGGCUCCACACACACAUGCGCACACACACACAUGCACACACACGCAUCACUAGCACACUGGAUGAUGGUGAAUGUUGCAAAUCCUCCAUUUAGUAUCACAGAAACCAUAUCAUGUGUCACAAAGUGAGAGGCUCUCUCUCUUUCUCUGUCUCUCUCUCUCUCUCUCCCCCUCUCUCUGUCUCUGUCUCUCUCUCUCUCUCUCUCUCUCUCUCCCUUUCUCUGUCUCUGUCUCUCUCUCUCUCUCUCUCUCUCUCUCUCUCUCUGUCUCCCCCCUCUCGCUCUCUCUCUCUCUCUCUCUCUCUCUCUCUCUCUCUCUCUCUCUCUCUCACUCUCUCUCUCUUUCUCUCUCACACUGUUGCUGAGUCUGAAUACGGUGAUUAACAUCAAGCCCAGCACAUCGCCUGUUAUUCAAAAUUAACACAUUCUCUUUGUCCUGGAUUACAUUUGUACAACAAAUGAAAUAAUUUUUCACAGGAACAGCAGGCUGCUGAUAAUCAACCAUUUUUAAUUGGCUGCCAUUUAAAUUGGAUUCCAUGCAGUUAAGAAGCAAUAAUUCCUUUUUUUCUGAUCAAAUGAAUAUUGCAGUGAUGUCUCUUGGUGGUGCCAGUCAUAACAACUGCUAAUUAAACAGUGUGCAUGUUUUCUCAACAUGAUUUGUUUUAUUAUAAACUGUUAGACUUCUGCAUAAUUAAAAGCAGGCUAUUAAUCAAAGGAAAUAUUAUGUGGAGAGCGGGUUGUCAAGCUUUCGGCAGCCAGGGGCCGCUUCCAGAGUGAUGACGGUGAUGCCUAACCCGAAAUAUUAAACAUAUAAGAUCAAUGUGUAGCCACAUAUUUAUUUACUGUUUAAUUGGCACUAUUAAUAACAGCACUUUUCAUUAUAUCGUUAUGAGUUUGAACGUCACCUGAGGAAGAUGCCACUUUGAACGUAAGUGUGAUUCAGGACCAAUCUCAGCAACUCUGAACAAGGAAAUUAGAGAGGAGGCAGGACUUAACACAUUAUUAGGUAUGACACAAACUUUUGAAGACUGUGAUUGGUUGUCCAAUAAAAAAAAAAAAUAGGAGCGUUUUUAAAAUCUGGUCUAUUAUAAACCUUUACUUUGUCUCUAUGUUAAGAUAUUUGAGGUUACAUCGUGUAGGGAUUAUAUUCGUGAUCGAUCGUAUUAGAGAUGCUCUAACUUCUGUAUAACUUUUAUCUUUACUAGGAUCUGCUUUUUAAAUUUAAGGGAAUUUUCUUAGAAUUUCGUCACUUCAGCAAGUCUUUGCACUAAGAAAUUUCAUGAAUACGGGCCACUUUAAAUCACUUUGAUUCGCUACGUGACCCAUGUUUGAUUGCACAAUGAUAGCAACGCAGCAGGGCUUUAGUCCUCUGUCCAGCACUUCUUAUCUGUCCAGCUCUUUCACCUCCAAUUCAUCUGUUCCAUUACUUCAUCUUUAAUGCCCUAAUGCUAAUCCUGGCGUCAGCGACAUCGUUCUUGUCAUCUCAUGAAUUGCCAACUAGCUCAGCCACUAGCUACAUGCAUUCAGGAAUUUAAAUUCGAUGAUUACCGUCACCUCUGCUUACUGGAUGUCUCAGUAAUGUGACACUGAACACCGUGCAGAAUGCUGAGUGAGAGACUAAACACUUUCUCUCUUGCUUUGGGGAGCUAACAGCAAAACCUGCCAGCUCGAUAAUAAUCCAUGAUCACUUAUGCUUGAGAUUGUUUAGAUUUUGUCUCUUAUUGUAUUGUAGCUCCCUGCUGACAAACAUGUAGCACCAACCAAAAGCACCAAAAUCACUAAGCACACUGCAUAUACUGUAUAUCGAUAUAUAAACAUAUACACUGGGUUUCUAGGAGGAGCUUUUCUUUAAGCUUCAAGUGUUUGAGACUAGGGUUCGAAUAAUACAUUAAGAAAAAGUUACUUGGAGUUACAUUUAAAGCUACAGAGCUUAUGAUGAUUUUCUCUGAGUCCUGCCCUGUCUUAGGCAAAUAUUAUUUUUAACCCUGGCCUUCGGUUUGCCAGGUUUUUCUUGAACAGAAUCACUGCAGAUGAGGUUUUCAGUAGCAUCUAGAUUAUUAUCUGUAAACACAAGCACGUCCCUGUAAGCCAGAGGAAAAUAAAAACAAGGACAGAAAAUGAAGGAUUUUAAUCAAUAAACUGAUGAAUGAUUGAGAAGAUGAACACCACUGAAAUGAAUAUUUAAUAGUCUAGUCUACUAGAAGUGUAGUGCAGCAUUGCUAGUCCUCGUCGUAACACUAAAUCACUGCAAAUUUGGUUUAUCUAUUAAUAUGGGCUCAUUAUUUGGCAGGUGCAUAAAUGAUAGCCAAGACAAUGGCUGUAACUACUUAUUGUAACGCCACUUCAAUGCCUUGAGGUUUCUGGACUCCUUUUGUCGGUUGUUAGAUGGAGAAAGCCUGCAUAUUAUCGCUAAUUACAAUAUAUUUGUUUAUGAUUUAUGGCCACCACUGAUGUGUUAUAUACAUUUGUGACAGUAACAAUCUUUUGUAAUGUUCUCACUGGAUAUUUGUUGGAGAGGUGUGAGUUUCCAUGUUUCCUUGGCUCUCUGGAUGACAUUGAUUCUGGUGUUUGGUGUUCCCUAAAAGAUGGUGUUUUCCUGUUGUUACCCAUUAUCCUGACACCCUACUUUCUCUCUCUUUCUGUCACUCAGACACCUUUACUUGUGUAUGUGUAUGGCAACUAAAGCAGGUAUGCACACACUCCAGUGGUUUUUGGAUGCACCAUAUGGAAGUAUACAGAUUGUCACUUUAAAAUCUCCUACCAGAACACAGCAUGUGAGUUCCAAAAACGUAAUGCACGUGUCCCCCUCUUGUUAAUGUUUACUAUGCACUCAUGUUGUUUGUACGCUGUGUAUGUACGUGGCAUACGGCAUGUCCGUGACCUCAGUAUAACAUGUAAAAUCAGCUCUAAUAUCAGGUGCAGUAUAUUAAUAACCGUGAUAUGACUCAAGUAUCUUAACAUGGUAUGACUCAAGGAUGAUAAUGAAAAAAAGAAAUCCCUUUAACACAUAAUGACAAGCUAAUGUGUGUGUCCUGCUCUGAUGUUUAUUAUUCUUAUAUAGAUGCUUUAUAGUGGAAGAAAAUGAACAGUGAUCUGUUAUGUAGUCAGUUUUGGAUUAGGUCAUAGGUUACAUUUGUGCAGUGCCUCAGUAACAUAUCUCUCACACACACACACACACACACACACACUUCACAGUGGUUGUGACACCAUGAACUGUACAUUCUUAGCUUAUGAGUUCAGAGGAGAAUAAAUGUGCGUAGUGCAUGGCGUCUCCAUAAGUUGCACUGGGAUACACUACAUAAUAAAAAACAUACUUUGGGAUGCUUUACAUUGUUUUUACAAUUUUUUAUUUUUUUGGCUAGUACAAUAAGAUUCAGCACCUGGUCACUUUUUAUGUUAGCUAGACUAAGGCUGCAUUCCAAUACUGAAUUUGACACACCCUGACUGACUUCCCCUUAUCCUUGUCCCUGCUUUGUCCUCUUAAAUAUUAGUCCACUUUUAAGAUCAUGUUGCCCAGAAAGACAAAGAAGACAAUUAAACUAGAGGUAAAUUAAAAUAUUAGAUGACCAGUUGGAGGGAUUGAUUCAAUGGCCAGGUCCCAGCUGGAGCACUAAGCCCUGUUAUUUGGUCAUCCCCCAUAUUUCCACUUAGGGGACAUUGUCAAGAGAUAAUCGAUUGACAGCUUAAAAGUAUAACAGCAACCUUUUGAAGAAGACUUUGUAUGAAUUGUGGUCGCUCUCCUCACUCAAACUCUUGACACAUUAAGCAAUACCAUUUAAAUUUUUCCUUUGUGUUCGGUUCAUAAUCAAUCCCAGUUCACACAAAUUUAAAUGGUGCAUUGUUUUGAUUUAGCAUAUCAGCUGAUUGCAUGCAGUAGCUUCGUGUAAAACAGAGUGUAGGCAGUUAUUAGCUAACUGAAUAAAUUAGGUUUAAUCAGGCUUUUUGUUUGUUGCAGAUAAGCUUGUACUUUAAUGCUGUUUAGUGAGAAUUUAAAUUAGUAAUGAAAGCCAAUUUGGGAGUCUAACUCUAAAUUGAGUUUGAAUAUGUUUUUGUUUGUUGUUAACUGUAAUGUUGCCGUUUUCUUACUCUGUACAGUUCCAUUAUUUUAAGAGUGAUGAUUCAGUGGUCUUUACAAAUUGGGUUUGGGGUAGAGACUGCUGCGGAGUAUGCCUUGAAUCUGGCUUCCGUAAAAAAAAGGGCAUAGUGAGAGAGCAGAGAGGAUACUGAGCAAAUGUCUGUAACCUAAAAAAUGUUGGACAGCAUGUUUGCCUCACAUCUCCAGGGUUGGGGGUUUGAAUCUUGCCUCCGUGUGGAGUUUGCAUGUUGUCCUUGUUUACCCUGGUUUCCUCCCCAUCUAAAGUGAUGCACUUUAGGCUGAUUGGUUUCUCUAAAUUGUCCAUUAUGUGUGCGUGAUUGUUCCCUAUGAUAGACUGGCAUCCUGCCCAGGGUCGACCCUGCCUUGUGCCCCAAGUCUCCUCGAAUAGAAGAUAGGUUUCUUCAUGACCCAGUAGGAUUCAUGGUGUGGAGAAUGGAUUGCGUAUCGGGGUAAACCGUGGUCGGUCGAUAAGAAUAAAUAUAAUUCACCAUCAUCGUGCUUUCUAAUAAGGGCUACGUUUUUCCAUAUUACAUUCCACUCAUGAUGUAAUCUUUAGCAGACGAGGGUGUGUUGAACACGGUACUGAAAUGCAGCGCAGGUCUUUUGGAUCCAAAGCAUUUAUGGUUGUAGAUAUCUUUCUAUUCUUCAGUGUGUGCAAGACAAAGUUUCAGAGAGAUUUAUCUCUAAAUACUAAGAACUGCAAUUUCUCAUAUAUAAUUGUCUAAUUUCUCUUUGCUUGUGUGACUGUUGUUGUCGGUUGUUACACGGCUGUCUGUAUUCCUGUGCAUUGAACUGAAUGUACUUAUUAAAAUUGUCAGAAAAAAAAAAGCAUGGCACAAAUAACUAUUGAAUGCAACUUAUUACUAUGUACAUAUGUACCAAAAAUAUACAAAGAGGCUAUUUUUUGCAUGCUUUUUGUACAUUUAGACAAAUUCAAGGACAAUAAAGAGCUCAAAACCAAUGUGA